CGAGUCCUUGAAACGCUGCCGUUUCGGCAAAUCCAAAACCAUACUCCGACAGUGCUGAAACUAAAAAACGCUCCACCAAAAAUCACACACUACAGUACACUACUUGGGUUGAAGAAAGAUUCAAUUCACCGCAUGGACCCGCUAACGGUUCUCCGAGAGUACACCAUCCGAAACCACCUCGACAAAAUCAGCCGCGUCGGCGACGAUUUCCACUUCGGCAAAGAAUACACUUUUCCAGCCACCAUCGAAACCGCCUACCGCAGCAAGCACGUGAAGUCCACGCACUACACUUUAGAAACCCUACAUCACUUCAUCACCAAUCAGCACCUCAAACACUCGGAAUACGUCCAGAAUGCCAGCGCCAAUCGCAUCCCGCCGGUCACCUUGCCCGACCGCAAAGCCCUCCAGGACUACCUCACGGGAAAGAUCUCCUCCUCCGACUCCAUUGACUUCACCAUGAUAGUCAUCCCCACCGCCGCCGAAGCCGAUGCCGGAGAUAAAAUUGACCAAACGGCCGACGAGGACGACCUGAUUACCAACCCUAUUAAAUGGAUUAAGACGAUGGAGCGGCCGUUGAAAGAUCGGGAGCAGAUUCUGUGCUGUAAAAAUCGCGACUUUUACAGUUUUCUGACCGCGGCGACGCGGAGGGAUGAGGAGAGGCAGAGGCAGGACGCCUUGCAGAGAAAGGAUAAUUUGGUGGCCAAGAGUAGGAUAGAGAGAGGUGGGGAGGAAUUAGGGUUAGGGCUUGACGGAGGUCAGAAGGCGAAGUUGCAUUUGAAAGGUAGUAAAAUUGGGGAAGGUGUGCCGAUUAUAUUGGUGCCCAGUGCAUUUUCGACGCUGAUUACUAUUUAUAAUGUGAAGGAGUUUUUGGAGGAUGGGGUGUUUAUUCCUACUGAUGUGAAGGUGAACCAGAUGAAGGGGGUGAAACCGGAUUGCGUGACGGUGCAGAAGAAGUUUAGUAGGGAUAGGGUUGUGACGGCUUAUGAGGUGAGGGAUAAGCCUUCUACAUUGAAGAGUGAGGAUUGGGAUCGCGUGGUGGCGGUUUUUGUGUUGGGCAAGGAGUGGCAGUUCAAGGAUUGGCCUUAUAAGGAUCAUGUCGAGAUAUUUAAUAAAGUUCUGGGUUUUUUCUUGCGAUUUGAGGAUGACAGCGUGGAGUCUGCAAAGCAUGUCAAACAGUGGAAUGUCAAAAUUAUCUCGAUAAGCAAGAAUAAGCGGCACCAGGACAGAGCUGCUGCCCUGGAGGUGUGGGACAGACUAGAAGAAUUUAUGCGGUCUCGUUCACGAUGAGGCGUCCGAUGUUAAAUGAUUUGUCUUGCUCGUUACUGCCAACGUUACUGCAUCUCACUGGCGUCAAGAACUUCUCUCAUUCCUUGUUUAGUGGAAACAGAGAAUUUUUGUACAAUAACAUUUAGUUGACUUGUUUUGUGAAUUGAAAUGUAAUGUCGUAAUUGAUCAGUAAGAGUUAACAUUAUUAAGUUCCCUUAUGGAUGUUUUCGUUCCUGCUUGGUGUUUGAAUGAGAGUGAGGAAGAAAGGUUGUGUGUUC